CCGCACCCCUCUUUUUUCAGCUGUUUGGUAGUUGAGCUUUCUCUCUCUAUUCUCUCUCUUCUCUCCAUCCCCUCACCAAAACCUCCGUCGUACCCUUUUCUUCCACUUGCAGAACAAUCCUCCUCCUCCUUACUCCAUCAUCCAUGGUUGUGGUGGUUGCAAUGUGAUCCAAGCAAGAAGGUGUAGUUGUGUGCUUAGUCUUUAUUGGGUCAUUGCAAUACUUUUUGGAUGCCAGGAAUGGCUUCCAGAGUUCAGCAGCAGCCAGCAGGCAGCAAUGAGGAGGGCGUGCGGCAGCGCGUGAACCGAUGCAUGAUGAAGCUGUCGGACCGCGACACCGAGGCGAUGGCCGCGUCGGAGCUCGACGCCAUCGCCAGGGGGCUUACUGACGACGCCUUCCCCCCUUUCCUCUCUGCUAUAGCCGACGCGCGGCCGACCGACAAGACGCCGCUCCGACGUCACUCCCUCCGCCUCCUCUCCCUCCUCUCUCAUUCCCACCCGGCCUCCGCAGUCGCCCCCCAUCUUCCCCGCAUGCUCGCGGCUGCCCUCCGCCGGCUGCGUGAUCCGGACUCCUCCGUCCGCGGCGCUUGCGUAGAAGCAUUGCGCUCCAUGGCUGCUGCGCACCCGCCGGCCCUCGCCUCAGUCCUCCUCCGUCCGUUGUCCGAGGCCCUCCUGCACGAGCAAGACCAGUGCGCGCAGACCUCUGCCGCGCUCUCCCUCGCCGCGGCCGUCGAUGCCGCCACGGCGUCCGACCUGGACCCCGAUCUCGCCCACCACCUCCAGCGCCUCCUCCCCCGCCUCGUGAAGCUCCUCCGUAGCAACGCGUUCAAGGCGAAGGCCGCACUUCUCUCUCUCCUGGGCAGUGUCGCCGGCGCCGGUGGCGCUGCGACUGCUCAGCUUGUCGCCCUGCUCAUCCCCUGCCUCGUGGAGUCCCUCGCAAGCGAAGACUGGGCUACGAGGAAGGCUGCCGCCGAGUCUCUCUCCCUUCUCGCCCUCAAAGAGAAGGAAUUGUUGAGUGGAUUUAGGUCCUCCUGCAUCUCUUCUUUUGAAUCGAGGAGGUUCGACAAGGUGAAGAUCGUGAGGGAUUCCAUGAAUCGGAUGCUGGAUGUGUGGAAGGACAUUCCUGAGGUUCCUGAAAGCGAAAUCAAACCUCAAUCGCAGCAGGCGAAUUCUUCCACCAGAGAGACAAUGGGGGGUGUGCGAUUCCCAUCACCUGCAGCCGCCUCUUCGAUUCAAUCAGCAAAAAACGUUUCUUCAAGCAGAUCACCUCCACCUGCUGCAUCACCCAUCCCUACGUCGCGAACCAAUGUUCCCUCAAUUAGGAACAAGAAAUUGUCCCCACCUUUGUUCCGCAAAGCUGAACAGAGACCUUCUAAUUGGAGAGUAGAAAUCCCUGUCUCUGUUUCUCCAGGAGAAGUUGUCGAUCACAAACAGUUGCCAAAAUAUCGGAAACAAGAACCAAAAGGCAAUGUCAGGUCCAGAUUAGAAGCACGCCGAGUGCUGUUUGAAGGAAACUCAGAAGACAAAGGGAAUAAGUUAGCAUCGCAUGUUGUUCCUUUCCAGGAGACUGCCCAAUUGGAACAAGCCAUAGGAUCUUACAUCAAAGAAGAUGAUCUAAAUGCUGGACACAAGGUUGGCAAUCUGUCUACUAUAAGGAUGCAGUUGGUGCAAAUUGAGAACCAGCAAUCCAAUCUAUUAGAGCUUCUCCAGAAAUUCAUUGGAAACUCACAAAAUGUGCUUCAUUCUUUGGAAACAAGAGUCCAUGGCCUUGAGCUAACAUUGGAUGAGAUCUCUCGUAAUUUUACAUUAUCUUCUUUGAGGAUGGCAAACGAUGAUCCUACUUCAAACACAUGCUGCAGAUUACCUGGUACAGAAUUCCUAAGUACUAAAUUUUGGAGGAAGAUUGAAAGCAGAAACUCCACUAGAUUAUCUGUUUCAGAACUACAAAAUUCCAACGGCAGAGAAACUAGGAAUUCCUAUCAAUUGGAUAAGUGGAGGGUUGGAGUGCAGGGUGGGCUUGUUGUCAAUCCCUUGGCAGAGAUUAACUCUCAGUCAGUUGGGAGCUCAGAGUCUAUUCAAGUUAAAAUGCUAAACAGUGUGGCACAUGAGAAGGAGAUUACAUAUGCUCAUCCAAUCAAGUAGUAGGAUAAGAAUCCUGAAAUGAUAUGGUACUGGAAGCAACAGUGUUCCUUAGUACUUAAUUUCUAUUGCUGAUCUCUUUUGUUCUCUUUUGUCGAUUCAGGAGAGGAAAUUGAUAUCUAAGAGAAUUUAGUCAGAAGUUCUGGAGCUAUAUGGAGAGAUGUUUAAAUCCCAACUCAUUGUUUUGGUUUGGGAUAUCCGAAGACAACAUAAAGCAAAUUACUUGACGAUAGGAGCUCCGAUAUUUUGCUGAACAUUUUGUGUUCUUUGUUUGGUCAAUCCUUCUUCCAACAACCGUGAAUGUGGUCGGCACUUCUUAAAGACCGUAAAAUCAAACUUCCAUGAGGUAUUGUACAUACAGCAAACUAUGAGUAUGGUAUUGUUGGUGUGGUUCUGAAAAAUCACGUAAGAUUUUUUUUAUGUGAAAUGAAGACUGAGAUGUAAUCCGUUAUUCUUGCAUGCUAAAUAGUUUUGAUGAUGGGCAAUAUGUUGGAUUAA